AUGAUGGUGGACCGUGUGGAAUGCUCGGGCGUCUACAUUGACGACCGGGUUCGGUCGGAGCGAUGGGUACGCAGGAACUCCAUCGCAACUUCAACUGUGUCCGAGACGUCAUCCUAUACCGUGCCUGAAGAGCCUGAGGCUCUACAAGCUGAUCUAGAAACAUUACUAGAUGUCUGCAAGAAGAUCUAUAUAUGCCAAAGCGGAUCUUCCUUUGCGACAAAACUGGCUGAACUCAGUGAGCGUUCUGGCAGCGAUUGCACCCCGAUAUUUGCCUUUUUCGGUAUCGACUUUGGUGGCGACGAAUUAAAUCUCGCUCGGCGGAAGGCCAGUCGGGCCUCGUGGAUGGAUAAUGGGCCCCCAUCGCCCGGAUCAAUUCAACGCACUUUCACCUUCUCCUCCCAUAACGACGAGGCCGCGGGCCUAGGCCUACUCUCCGGUGUUUCCAACGAUAUUCAAGUCCAAGACGGUCCCAACCUGGUCAUUCCAGUCGCCAUCUUGCGAGAUUCGAGUGCAGAGCCAGAUGCUCCUACCGAUCCGACGAGCGACCCGCAGACAAAAAGCCCGGUGACUUUGGAACACAAGCAGAUCGCUCGGUGCCUUGAUGCGGGUGCCAUCGACGUCCUGACAACCCCGCUUGACCGGUCUCGGAUUCAAGGGCUCGUGGUGCAUGCGUAUCGCACCCGCCGCGCGGCACUGAAGGAUAUGUCUCGGUUCCUGGCUCGCAAGAAGCUACGCAAGUUGUCCUGGGUCGGUGUGCAUGAUGAAGAGCCAUAUUCUUACUUGCGAGAGGCGAUGGUGGCAAAGCUGAUGAAGGGAAUCUGCAACCCCGAGGAGAUUGUUGACGAAUCCCAAGAACGGGAUCUCGAUGUCAAGCCGGAACGGGAAACCUUCAUCAAGGAGCAGAUAGGCCAGUGGAGCUUCUCCGCCCACGACUUCUCGGAAGACGAGUUGGUAGUUGCUGCUUGCCAAAUGCUCGAACAUGCCUUUAAUCUUCCUGGGCUGGAACAGUGGUAUUUGACACCGGGUGAACUUCAGACAUUCUUACUCGCAUGUCGUGCAGCCUACAACUCCUUUGUCCUCUACCACAACUUCCGCCACGCCAUUGAUGUCCUACAGUCGGUCUUUACUUUCUUGCUUCAAAUUGGAGCCUUGCCUCCGUAUGGGCCCACUGGUCUGUCUGUUGAAGAAAAGUCUCCUAUUGCCACCCUAAUCUCUCCUUUUGAUUCUCUUACUCUACUUAUCUCCGCUAUUGGACACGACGUCGGUCAUCCAGGUGUCAACAAUUUUUUCCUUGUCAAACUCAAUGCUCCCCUGGCACAACUAUACAACGACAACUCCGUUCUCGAAGCAUUCCAUUGUGCAGCCUUCUCCCAGAUUCUUCGCCGUCACUGGCCAGCUGCUUUCAAAGACAAGCAGCUCCGGAAGUUGCUGAUCAGUUCUAUUCUGGCGACCGAUAUGGGUGUUCACCAAAAGUUCAUGCAGCGGAUGGGCUCUCUACAGGAGAAGUAUUAUGAGAGUGACAAGUCCGUCGAACUUUGGAAGCCACAAGAUGUCGAGCUGUACAAGACGCUUGUCUGUGGCCUCUUGAUCAAGUGCGCCGAUAUCAGUAACGUCGCUCGGCCAUGGGGAGUUGCCGAGAAAUGGACUCGAAUUCUUCAGGAGGAAUUCGCCAACCAGGGCGAGAUGGAAAAGGAAGUCGGUAUGGAGACUGCGCUGUUUGGUGGACCACCCGAGCUAGGCAACCUUUAUAAACUUGCCACGGGUCAGAUUGGCUUUAUGUCGAUUUUUGCACUUCCUCUGUUCGAGGGCGUCUCCGAUCUUUUGCCCCAGCUGCAAUUUACUGCUGAGCAUAUCCGCGGCAACCAAUCCCAAUGGCAGCAACAUGCCAAUGACGAACUACGGCAACGGGGCCUGUCAGUUGCUGAACCCGCCUCAGAGGCGGUCUCUCCUCGAUCUACCAGUCCCGUCCGACCAAGUAACUCCAACGACACCGUGAGGGCUCUGGCUGAAUCAGACAGCCGAGACGAUCUAGCGACUGGAUCCUCGGAUGUCACCGUAUCACCGGAUGCUGCCUAUAACGAGAAUAACAUUGAGCCAGUCACAUCCCCUGACACCCCAGGACCGCAGAUUGAGAUCACUGGAACUUCGAUCGGCCCCGAUAUGUCAUCCCGAAAGUCCUCCCACGCCAUGCCGGAUCUCUCCUACUUUUCUCGUCCUGUCGCAGCCACAAUAGCUCAAUCAGCGCAGGGUUCCGCUGGGACAGAUUACCAAACUCCGCUUGCAGACCCGAGUGAUCCCCAAGCAGACCCUGCCGUUUUAGCUGCCGCCUAUUAUGCCAACUCGUCAUCUCGCGGCAGUGUCUCGGCGCCUGACGCUGAGCGGGACAACACAGUUGAUUCUGCUGUUGAGAGACCGAGCAGCUCCCGUCAAGGCCCACCAGGCUCCCAGCACCACGCACACCACAGCUCCUCUGUUCGCACUGGACCAUCAAACCGCAACAGCUGCACACGGACCCAAAGUAUCAGCGCUUACAGCAACAACAUGACUCCUAUCUCUCCUGUGACCAACGCUACCAGCUUCUUGGCAGUGGACAGUGGCGACGAGGGCAAGCAGCGUAUUUCGGACGACAGUGCCCCUCAGAGUGACGCUGGUGGACCAGAUGACAGCAGCACCCGGCCGAGUACAUCGUAUGCUUCGAAUGUCGGAGAUCACGAAAGUAGCAAUUAUAGCCCUGACCACAGCUCUGGUAUCGCCCGAUCCGAUGAUGGCAAGGACUACCACGCUCUCAAUGGCAAUUCGAUCCAAACCCAUUCUACGCUGACCGGCGAGGAUACCAAGAACGAAGCACACCAAGAGAACGGUGGUGACCGGAAUGGACAUGGAAUGCGUCGGCUUCCGAAAAAACGUAGUCGGAUACGUCUCGCAUUCUGGAAGCGCCGCAAUCAUCAUCAACAGGAGGUCCAUGGCGAGAGCUGA